AUGUCCUCCGCCCUCCCCGCCUACGACAGCGGCGCCGGUCCCAGAUACUACAAGCACCCGCGCACGCCGCUCACCGCCAACCGCUCGACGUACAGGCGGCGGCGCAUCGUCUGGUCCGCGAUUCUGCUCUUCGCCGCGUUCUGCGGGGUCCUGUACAUCGCGGGCUGGAGUCCCACGGGGCUGUCUCUUUCGUCGAGCCUCAAAGACUCGGGCUACGAAGCGCAAGACGCGCCGGUGUACGCGGCCAACGCGUCCGAAAAGACGCUGCGGAUCCAGGAGAUCCACGGCCUGCUGCACUUCCUCACGAGCGAGCGCACCGAGUCGAUGUCGCUCGACCGCGCGCACGCGUACGGGGACGCGGAGGGCGCGCCGGUCGACUGGGGCGCGGAGCAAGAUCUGAGUGUCUUUAGUGCGGGCGUGGAGGACGAUAACUGGCCGCGGAACGUGCGGGAGCUGACGGACCGCUACCCGGUGGUGGUGUUCAGCAAGACGUAUUGCCCAUUCUCGAAGCGCGCGAAGGCGCUCCUCGAGUCGUACCAGCUGACUCCGCCACCCAAAAUCAUAGAGGUCGAUCUGCGACCGGACGGCGGCAUCCUGAAACAGCUCCUCGGGCGACUAACCGGCCGCGCGACGUUCCCGAACGUCCUGCUCACCAGGCGGGUCGAGGACAUGUCCAUAGGUGGCUCGGACGACAUUCACGCCCUGCACGAGAACGGGGCGCUCAAGGGCAUACUCGGGGAGGCGGGCGUCAAGGUGAACGGGCCCUAGCCGCGCUGCGAGAUAGUUUGGAGUAUUGUGUGCUGUAUGGAUAUACACGAGCGCGGGAUUUCAUACAGGUAUCCGGGUUUCCGUAAUGUAAUGGUAUAACUGAUACAACUGCUGCACGAUUGUGAUAUUAGCAAAACGAGUCUGAUAACCUGCUUGCUUCAUCCCGUGGAGCAUUGUUCCGUGCGGUAAUGUAAGGGGAUGGCAGAAUGACGUGCAUGAGUACGCGGUGCCCGGCGAGACAGUCUGCCAGGUCAAACAUUGGGAGGGUUUCGAAAGAUACUCGGG